AUGAUCCGCAGACAGGCCCGCGAGCGGCGCGACUACCUCUACCGGCGGGCGCUCACGCUGCGCGAUGCCGAGCUCGCCAGCAAACGCGCGGCGCUCAAGGCGUCGCUGGCUUCAGGCAAGCCGCUGUCCAAAGAGGUGGCCGACGACGAGACGCUGCGCGCCGACUUCAAGUACGACGAGAGCCGCGCCGACCGCACGGUCGAGGAGGAGCUCGGGCUCGACGACGAGUACGCGCAGCUGUCGGGCGUCGUGGACCCGCGCAUCCUGGUGACGACGUCGCGCGACCCGUCGUCGCGGCUGGGCACCUUUGCAAAGGAGAUGCGGCUGCUGCUGCCGACGAGCGUGCGCCUCAACCGCGGUAACCUGAUCCUCAGCAACCUGGUCGACAGCGCCAAGAGCAGCGGGCUCAGCGACAUUGUGCUGCUGCACGAGCACCGCGGCACGCCCACCGCCCUGACCGUCAGCCACUUCCCCCACGGCCCCACGGCCAGCUUCAGUCUGCACAACGUCGUGCUGCGCGCCGACAUUCCCAACAGCGCCCGCGGCACCGUGUCCGAGUCGUAUCCGCACCUGAUCUUCGAGGGCUUCCAGUCGAAGCUGGGCAAGCGCGUCGAGCAGGUCCUCAAGCACCUGUUCCCGCCGCGCGAGCCCACGGCCAAGAUUGGCAACCGCGUCGUCACAUUCAAGAACAUCGAGGACACAAUAGAGGUGCGCCACCACGUCUUCGUCAAGACCGGCUACCAGUCCGUCGAGCUGGCCGAGGUCGGGCCGCGCAUGAGCAUGCGCCUGUUCGAAAUCCGCGCAGGUACCCUGGACAACAAGGAGGGCGACGUCGAGUGGCAUCUGAACCAGUACACGCGGACGGGGCGCAAGAAGGAUUAUUUGUAG